GGAAACCUCAGAGCCCCGCGGAGACAGCAGCCGCCUUGUUCCGCAGCCCGGUGGCUUCACUGCUCCCCCCACCGGCUCCCAGGGCCAGACACACCCGGCCCGCCCCCCACGCCCACCCCUCCGGGGAUCCUCUCCGCCCUGGCUCUGAAAGCGUUAACCGUGGAGCUUUCUGCACCCCCCGCUGCUCCCGCCCAAGGUUCCUAAAAAAGAAAGGUGCAAAGUUUGGUCCAGGAUAGAAAAAUGACUGAUCAAAGGCAGGCGAUACUUCCUGUUGCCGGGACGCUAUAUAUAACGCGUGAGUGCACGGGCUGAGGAGACGCACCCGUGGUGCUCGCCCCGUCGCCGCCGCCGCCUCCGAGCGCCUGAGGUUUCCGGGGACCACAAUGAACAAGUUGCUGUGCUGCGCGCUCCUGUUCCUGGAUAUCUCCAUUAAAUGGACCACCCAGGACACCUUUCCUCCCAAGUACCUUCAUUAUGACCCAGAAACCUCUCGUCAGCUGAUGUGUGACAAAUGUCCUCCUGGCACCUACCUGAAACAGCACUGUACAACGAGGUGGAAGACUGUGUGUGCCCCUUGCCCUGACCACUACUACACGGACAGCUGGCACACCAGUGACGAGUGUCUGUACUGCAACCCAGUGUGCAAGGAGCUGCAGUACGUCAAGCAGGAGUGCAGUCGCACCCACAACCGCGUGUGUGAAUGCAAGGAAGGGCACUACCUUGAGGUAGAGUUUUGCUUGAAGCACAGGAGCUGUCCGCCUGGAUUUGGAGUGGUACAAGUUGGAACCCCGGAGCGAAAUACAGUUUGCAAAAGAUGUCCAGAUGGGUUCUUCUCAAAUGAGACGUCAUCUAAAGCACCCUGUAGAAAACACACAAAUUGCAGUGCGUUUGGUCUCCUGCUAACUCAGAAAGGAAAUGCGACACAUGACAAUAUAUGUUCUGGAAACAAUGAAUCAACUCAAAAAUGUGAAAUAGAUGUCACCCUGUGUGAGGAGGCAUUCUUCAGGUUUGCUGUUCCUACAAAGUUUACGCCCAAUUGGCUAAGUGUCCUGGUGGACAAUUUGCCUGGCACCAAAGUAAAUAAAGAGAGUGUAGAGAGGAUAAAACGACGACACAGCUCACAGGAACAAACUUUCCAGCUGCUGAAGUUAUGGAAACAUCAAAACAAAGAUCAGGACAUAGUCAAAAAGAUCGUCCAAGAUAUUGGCCUCUGUGAAGACAGCGUGCAGCGGCACUUCGGGCACGCAAACCUCACCUUCGAGCAGCUCCGCAGCUUGAUGGAAAGCUUACCAGGGAAGAAAGUGGGAACUGAAGACAUCGAAAAGACAAGGAAGGCGUGCAAACCCAGUGAGCAGAUCUUGAAGCUGCUGAGCCUGUGGAGAAUAAAAAAUGGUGACCAAGACACCCUGAAGGGCCUAAUGCACGCACUGAAGCACUUGAAGACGUACCACUUUCCCAAAACUGUCACUCAGAGUCUGAAAAAGACCAUCAGGUUCCUUCACAGCUUCACGAUGUACAAAUUGUAUCAGAAGCUAUUUUUAGAAAUGAUAGGGAACCAGGUCCAAUCAGUAAAAAUAAGCUGCUUAUAACCUGAAAGAGUCAUUGGGCUGUUUCCUCCCAAUGGGCCAGAUUGUAUGGAUGAGUGAACUGUUUCUCAGGCACUUGAGGGGGUACAAUGAUUCUUUUUCGACACCAAUGACUAAUUUUGCCACAAGGCACUAAAAGAAACUAUGAUGUGGAGAAAGAACCAACAUCUCUCCGAAAGUUCAAUAAACUCCUAAUAGUUAAUUUAAGUGUCAGAUCUGGUCCAGUAUCUACUGACUAUAUUUUCCCUUAUUACUGCUUGCAGUAAUUCAACUGGAAAU